CCAUUAUAGUAGGCCUAGCUUAAUGCGUUAAUUUUGUUCACGCCUGUAAAAGCGCACACCGGUUCGUAAAUAGCUCGUCAUUUUUAGAUGCUUUGCUUACAAUGGCUAUGAGUUAGAAUAUCUGGAGUACCGGCGUGUCCAAUGGCCUCCGAAGUGACAGUCCCGAGCGCAGCUGUCGGCCAGAGGCUAGCGCACAGCAAUACCUCCACUAGGAGCCUGUGGUUGGUUCUCUGGACAUCAGGGGGUGAAAUAGGAAAUCCUGGGGACUUCUACCUCUAUUGUUUAUUUUCUAUCCCAUGCCAAAUGUAAAAUUGCCAGCAUACAAGGUGUGCGUAACGCAAUGGAAACAAUGGACGCGUCCGAGAAGAAUCGAACUCACCCAAAGGACACCGAUGUGUUAAAAAAAAAGCGUAUACCCAUUAGCAAGGAUACCACUGGGACUCAAGAUGAAUCGAAGUACGUUGAAUUGAACGAUUUACUUGAUUUGGAUACAGACCGCACGAAAACUGUCAACGUUUCUGUCACCAGUGAAGGAAGCCAAAUGGCGAUUGACGCGGGCAACUGGGAGUCGAGCGCAGAAGAAGAAACUGCUGGAUACGGAGACAUGGCGAGUAAGAUGACUGAUCAUAUCAACAGUGACACAUUUAAGGAGGAUAUUGUCGCAAAGAAGUGUGCCAUGGGCUAUCUAUCCGGGUUUCUUGGAACUGCCUGCUGCUCCAAGGUUACUAUUCUGAAUGAAAACAUUAUGGCCAGCACCGAAUCACAACGAGACGUUGGUAAUGGAGCGCACACCCGAGAUUUUACCCCAAAAGAGGACGCAGAAAAUACACCUGUUGAUGAACAAAAUGACAUUGAAGAUUUACAAUACACUGACACGUUAAGCGAGCAAAGUGAAUCGGGUGAUGACGUAAGCUUGCUGUCCGGUGAUUGUGAUGAUUGCGCGCCUUGCAGUAGGAAGGAUGAGUCUCAUUACAUAACCUCGCACGAGAUCCAGCUCUCCGAGCUUUCAGAUCACGAUGUCGACUGUGAUAUCGAGCAGGGUUGGGAUGAUAACCAGGUCUACUCUUUUGUCGAUUAUGCUGCUUUUGACGGUGAUGGAACGACGGCAGGGAGAGAGGAGAGGGUGAAAAGCAAUCAGGGUCUGGCUAAUAGAGGACCAGCAGUCAGCACUAAGAUGGAAAGUGAUCUCGGUGACGGUGACAAGUGCAACAUCUCAGAGAAAGGUCUGUCAAAGAACCAAAAGAAUGUUGCAGGGCAGAUCCUGUCAACCAAAACGACGUCCCGAGUUAUAAAUAAGCCUAGCAACGUCCAAGAAAAUCAAAAUAAUCUUCAUUGUGCCAAGCACGCCGCAGACAUGAGUCGCUAUGUUUUUAGAGUAACUGGGGAUGCAAAUACGGAGAAAUUCUGUGAUAGUGCUAAGUGUUGUAUUGCCUCCCCCGGACGCUUGCACUUUGGUGGCAAAUUAAAAGGGAAAGAUGUUAACGACUAUUCGAGCGGAGCAUCCAGCGCCUUCAGUGAUCUUGACGACGCCGAUAAGGAAGUGCGCAACUUGACUGCCAGAGCGUUCCAGAGUUUAGCAUACCCUUAUUUCGAUGCCAUCAAUUUCAGCACCUCCAGCGAGUCCUCCACCUCCGAGCUGGGGGUGAACAGGUGGUCAACUUUUGUUGACCUUAAAUAUGACAACAUGAACAUGUAUCAGAGACAGGGACCGAAUAAAAGGUUUAAUAAACGUUCUACGUCAUCCUCUGAAAUUGCUAAGGUUAAAGACAAUAAAGGUUAUAAGGGUUUGGUAUUGGCUAAUACUAAACCGCACACGAACAAGCUCUUUGCAUUGAAUGGUGCCCUUUCUGGUCACUAUAACCCAUCUUCCGCAGGAAAGAAAUGUGAGUUUACUGGGGAAUUUGGGCAGGGGCACAGUGGGAUUAUUACGAUCACAGAAACAUUAAAUGUUUGUUGUAAUGUCACAUCCGGGAUGUCUGGGAGUGAAAGGCGCUCAAAAUGUGCAAAAAACGCAACAGGAUCACGUUCCACAGAUGAAGUUACCAACGCAUUGCCAAGCGGCCAGGGGAAUGAGAACAGGAAGCAGCCAUGUAAUGCAGGGGAAACCAUGGAAGACACACACAAGAAAGCAACAUUAGCCUCGAGCCUUCUUAAAAAUGUAAUUUCUAAGAAAAUGCAGUUUGAGCAGGAGCGUAAAAUGGAGAGGGGGGAGAUAAGCGAGCCCUAUCACGCGCCAUCUCCCUUUCUCAAACAAGAGCCCGAAAUUACGCACAGGGAGAGGGAUAGGACUACACCAAAGGAGCCUAAGGAUUUUCAAAGGCAGAACUCGAUAUACUCAGAGGCGAGUUCUGACCUAACUAUUGUUUGUGUGGAUGAAUUAGGGGAUUUAGUGGACACCAGCUCAUGCGAUGCCAAAGACGACUGUCGGAGACAAGACAGUUUAAUUAUUGCAUCAGAAACUAAUUUAGAGUCGACAAAUGAAGUAGGAAUCGAUACUAAUAUAGGAGCAUUCGAAGCGUCCAAAAGCACGCUGCUUCGAAGUCAAAAUAGCGCAUUCAGAUCCUGGAGGGACGGUGAGCUAGAGUUUCAAAAGGAACAUAAAAACGAUAAAACUCCAGAGGAGAAACCGUCUUCGUCCACCGACAACCAGGGGGAAACGGACUUGUACACCGAUCCAGGCAACAGUAAACUUACCAAAAUGACACAUUUGCUUGUGCCAAAUAUCCAACUACUACUAUCCAAUGAGAUAGAAGUUUCAAAACCCCUGCCGACUAUGAAUAAUUUAACCCGCGCGCCCACGGAUCAAGGAGAGGAAGGUGUGAAGUUGCGCACCAACAACGUCGCGGAUCCUAGAAGUAUUGUAACAUCUACAUCCCCGGAAAUUAAAAUCAGUUUACGGAGUGUAAAAGAAAACAAAGGCGACCCUUUCAACGUUGAAAAGCUGGUUGCUCCCAAUAUAGACUGUAACUCAGUCAAACUGAUAAAACCAGGAGACGAGUCCAGGUGCCAAGCGCUCGCUACGGCAUUGAAGGGUGAGUCUUCCGAAAAAAUGCCAUACUUCAUGGUCAGAGACAUACGAGACCACAGGGCUAAGCUGCAAACACCUAUACACAAAGUUAGAGAUGUGCGUAAAUUGGUUAAAAGUUCUUAUCACUUUGUGUCUUUGGAUAAUAACGUUACCGCCGGCGACUUUCACUCAGAUCAGAAAGUUUCCAAAAAGGGAUCUUAUAGAAACCCUUCGUCGCUUCCCCCCAUCAAAAUAAAGUAUCAGUCUGUGAAUACCAAUAGCAAUGUGAAUGGGAAGCAAUCUGUAAAUCAAACAGAGAAUUCUACAUUUAAACUCAAGGAGGAUUCAUUUGAAGUGUUCAGGUCAUCACCCCAGCAAGAGGCGGCCAAAAGCGGCAUCCGACGAUCGUCAGGGAGUGUGCCAUUAGGCAAAACAAAACAACUGAAAGGUGAUUCGUCCGAAUGCCCCAUUGGACUUCUAAUUGAAACCAGCACAGCUUCUAUAAGACAUGAGAAAACACUGGACAUCGGUGACAAGACAAAACCUGAGUCUAAAUUGUCCAACCUGGCUGCAUUCGAGAAAUUACAGGAUGCAGUCAAAACCAUGGAGCAGUUGUAUGUUUUUGAUAGAAAUGAGUGGAAGAGGAAAUCCAAGCCACCCUCUAUAUUAUCAGCCAGUCAUGCGCUCUCUCUCAUAUCCAGCAAGGAGGAUGGGACAGAGAAGGAGGGAGUGAAUGUGGUCAAUGAGGGGGCAAGGGAGAGUUUGAGAGAGAGGGAAAGGGCCAACAGUAUGGAGGCAGACAGGCCCGUCCAGUUCAGCAGAGCCUCUGCCGAGCCCGAAAACUGCCUCACUACCCCCGUCAAGUCUCACGACACCAGCGCCAAGCAAGCCGGUGGCUAUGAGAAUACAGCCAUUUAUACCGUCGCCACCACGGGCGUCAAGCCCCAGACCCAGACGGCCAGCCCACCUGGUCAUGGUGGCGCCCGGAAGCAGGAAGAGACCCGACAGUCUCCACAGAGACACUCCACCAUCGUCAUGGAUACGAGAGCCCAGGACACGUUAACCGCCAUGAUCUACCACAUGCCCAUGGCUCAAAGCAUGGCGUCUGCCCAACUUCAGAUGCACUGCUUCUCCCCGGCCAUGGCCCCACAUGCCGUGCCCCACACUCAGAGAAGGAUGCUCUUUGACCCCAGCACAGGGAACUACUACCUGGUGGACACCCCUGUCCAGCCGGCCACCUGCCGUCUCUUCGACCCCGAGACGGGACAGUACGUAGAAGUGCCCAUCUCCCAGCAGCCCAUGUCACCCAUGCCCAUGCCCCAAAUGCCGCCUGUGCCCAUUUUAAUGCCCGUCUCGCCCUUAGCCCUGAGUCCCAGAUCCUACGGCCCCACCUACACGAUCUACCCAGGUUUCAUGCCCGCCAUUCCCCCCCUGAUCCCCACAAGGAUGUGCCUUAGACCGCUGCACCACUCAGGAGGCCCGCUAUAAUUUUUCUAUUGAAAAUGAAUGAGCCAUUGUCUUGAAUACAAAUUGUGCAAUAUCUGGUUUGGUUUGCUAUACAGUACUUAUACUGAAAUGAGUAUGUUGUUGCCUGUUUAUUCUGAGUAUGUUUAUUACUGAAAUGUCAUUAAGUGUUGAGAAUUUUGCCCUGUCACAUUUAAGUGCUCUUAAUAUACAGUAGGUAAGAGGUGAAUGUUUAGACAUUUCAUAAGAACACAAGGUAUACAGUGACAAAAGUAUUAUCCAUUUUUAUUGUUUUUAUAGUAACAGGGACAGAGCAAUCUCACAUUUAUGAACUGAAGUGUGUUUUGGAAAUAUUUUCUAUCAAGACCCCUAUACAGUAUAUGCAAACAUAUUACUGUUCUAUAUUGAUGUGUAUAGCAAACCACAUGCUUUUGGAACUGCUGGCCAGUCCAUCUGUCUCCCUUUAUGAGUAUGUUUUGGGAUUGCUAUUUGAUAUUUCUUAUGCAGGAUAACCCACUGACACAAUUUAGGGCUCUAUUCAAUCCGUAUCGCGGAAGUUCAGCGUUACAGCGUGAUUUAAAUUGAAAGACAAUGUUCCCACAUUAGAGAGAGACUGCAUUCAAUGUCGGCUCAAUCAGAAAUUACCUUUACGUUUCUAUCGCGCAAUCUGUAACGCUUCAGAAAUCCAGAUUGAAUAGAGCUCUUACUUUUAUAAUUUUACUUGUCUUCGUAAAUUAAACAUUGCUCUGUGAAAAAAAAAAUACAAUUGAUUUGCAGCAGUGGAAUGUUUCAGGGUUGUCUAGGGCUGGAUGUUUUGUAACCCAGUACAUCUUUAUAGGUUUUGUUGGAUAAAAAAAGGUGUCACAAUCUUUUGGAGGUGCCAUUGUGAAGGGAAGUGUGUGUGCUAACAAUUGGACAAAAGGACUAGAGAAUGUUGAGGGUAUGCACAAAGUCUAAAAAAUAAUAGUUGAAAGAAAGAAGAAAAAAAUAACAUUUGUGUCUUUUAAAUAUGGAGAUCUCCUUCCACCUGACCUUAUGGACGUAGAACAUGAGGGAAAAAUAAAAGAUUCAGAUUAUUUUUUUGUGAAGUAGCAAAGGAAUAUAAUUGGCCUCUACUGGCCACAGGAAAUGUAGAUAACCAGUGUCAGUUAAAGAAAGCAAACACAGCACAGAAUACUUUAUGGCGUAAAAUAUGUUGCUACUGCGAAUGAAUGUGUUUUUGCAAGCAAAUAUACAUUUUGAGAGUUGUUCAAUAAAUUUGAAAUAGUUUUCCA